AUGAUUGACGAGAUGUGUGUGCUCCAAAGCAAAGGUACUUGGGAACUGGUUCAUCUACCACCUGGGAAAUCUUUAGUAGGUUGUUGUUGCCUCUAUAUGGUGAAGGAUGGUUCUGAUGAGAAUAUUGAUCGACUUAAGUCUCAUUUGGUGGCCAAGGGAUAUACUCAGAUUUUAGGGUUGGAUUACGAUGAUACUUUCUCACCGAUAGCCAAAAUGACGUCUGCUAUACUUUUUUCUCCAUUGCAUCAAUUCAUAAUUGGCAUUUCCAUCAACUUAACAUUAAAAAUUCAUUUUGGCACAAUGAUCUUGAAGAGGAAGUUUAUAUAG